UGCAGAGGGCAAGGGCUCUUCCAGAACCCACGAGCAGGUGCACUGUGAAUGUUUGUUAAAGGAACGGUCAGGUUAAGCGCAGCCCCAGUUACAAAUUUACACGAAUUUAACUUCGUGCCAUGUAAACAGCAGCAGCUACAAGAUGGCUCGGAAGUCACUUGCUAGAGAGCUUUAUCGUAUGUAACAGAGCUGAAUUUUAAGAGGAGGUACAGUGAAUGUCAUGUGAAGAAAUGGAGGGUUUCUGAAUCCUGCUGUCCGGGUCGCCCCAGGAAGCGAAGAUGAAUGCUUCGGUGGAAGAAGAGGAUGGCUGCGCGCUCUGAAUUGCCUGGCAUGGAUCUGUAUGAGGAUUACAAAUCACCCUUCGAUUUCAAUGCUGGAGUGAACAGAAAUUAUCUUUACUUGUCACCUAGCAUAAACCUGUCUCCACCUGGAUCACCUACACUGGUGAAGUCUGGGCUGCUGAGAAGUGACUCUAUACCUGAGGUUGGAGAGGAUGCUGCUGCUACAGUCAGUAUGGCAGAAACACUCUCAGAAGAAGAACAGGACGAGCUAAGAAAAGAGCUUGCCAAGGUGGAAGAAGAAAUCCAGACACUCUCACAAGUGCUAGCUGCCAAAGAGAAGCAUCUAGCAGAGAUCAAGAGAAAGCUGGGAAUUAACUCCCUACAGGAACUAAGGCAGAAUAUUACCAAAAGCUGGCAAGAUGUUACAUCAACCACGGCGUAUAAGAGAACAUCAGAAACCCUGUCUCAGGCUGGUCAGAAGGCUUCUGCUGCUUUUUCUUCUGUUGGUUCAGUCAUAACCAAGAAGUUUGAAGACGUCAGACUACAGGCAUUUUCACAUUCCUUUAGUAUACGCUCCAUACAGCAUUCAAUUAGUAUGCCUAUUAUGAGAAAUUCUCCUACUUUCAAGUCCUUUGAGGAAAAAGUUGAGAACUUUAAGUCUAAAGUUGGAGGAAGCAAACCUGCCGGGGGAGACUUUGGAGAAGUUCUCAACUCUGCUGCCAAUGCCAGUGCCACAGAAACUAUUGCAGAACAGACAGAGGAGGAGACCCACUGAGAUUCCUGCCUGUCCUGCUACCCACUGCCAGAUGCUGCAAGCAAAAACCAAGCACACUUGUAACAUUCUCUGCGCUCCUUCCACCAGAUGUGCUUUUAUGUAGCACGUAGUUGUUUUACCAGAUUAACUGAUACCAGGCUUGUUUGUGGGUUCAAAAUAUUUUUGAAACUAAAAUACAUUGUUUGGGGUUUUGUGUGGGAAGGGGAAUUUUUAUGCCUUUCAAGCAUUUAAAGGACUUAUCUGUAAUUUAAAGGCAACCUUCAAAAUACAGCAAUGAAAAAAAUCAACUCUAUUGAGAAGUUAAUUAUACUGUACAGAUACCGUGGAUACAUAAUUUCUUUUCAGUCUGUAACUACUGCUCAACUUAAUCAUUAUGAAUCUACUGCUGCUGCCAAACUGAAGCUUGUUACUUCGGUCCCUUGUGAUUAUUUCAGUUGAGUGUUGCCUGCAAGGGACACUGGACUAGGAGGAAGGAUCACUCCUAGCUAAAGAAAGGACUUCCAUUUCAGCAGGCUUUACACGAGUUGUAGCAGGAUCACACAUGGGUAGGAAUGUACUGUCUUGUGAGCAUGUUCCUCAUGCAGCAGAUGUGGAUGGGUAAUACAGAACAUCUAAGAUUUACCCAUUUAUCUGUGCUUUGUCCACAUAGGAAACUUCUGACCAAUGCCAGUGGAAGCAAGAUGCCUCAAAGUGCUGGUUUGGUUCAGUCCCCAUAACAUUUUCAGUCUUGUUUUUGCACAGGAUGUCAGUGUGGUAUGGUAACACUCUUAUGAAGGUUUGACCAGUUCUGAAUAGAUUCAUCUUCACUCACAUGUGGUGGUGUCACAUUCACGCUAACAAAGCAUGGACUGGAAGAAUGAGCCUGAGCACAGCACUGGUUCUUUUUUAGGCAUCAAGAGCAUUGCUCCUAAACUCUUAACAUUUCUUCCCUUUUAGGCUGACCCUUGAAAACAUCUGCUACACCAUCUUACUGUUUUUACGUGUUAAAGGCCUGUACCUCUAGCAGCGUCCCUGUCCCUGUUCGUGACCCCAGAAAUCUGUUUUGAGAGGUGCACAAUGUCAUCGUUCAGCAUAGCUCUCUUAUGAGAUCUGUCCUCCUACAUGUUGUUUUAUCUGCUGUACUCCUCAAAUUUCUUGUGUUUUGUAUGUUUCUGGCACAUGGUAUCGGUAUGGUUAGAACUUUUUAUCACUGCGCUUAGAACUGGAAACAAGUUUUGCAACAUUUGUGUGAAAUCCAUGAAACUUCAACCACCACAGAUGUCUGGAAGAAAAAAAGUUGGCUCCUGACAACCUUGCUAGCAUGUCAGAUGUAGAAUAUAUGUUUAAUCACGUGUGAGAAGCUUAAUAAAAAACUGUCUCUGAGGAA